UUAUGUAUAAAAGCGGAAAGUUAUCAAAAUUAUAAUCUAUUUCUCGGUCAAAAUGCGAUCCUUUAUUGUUUUUGCCAUAACAUUGGCGGUAGCAGCAGCCACCGAGACCUCCGAAAGGAUCGUGGGAGGGUCCCUCACAACCAUCGAGGAGUACCCUGAGAUGGUGGCUCUGCUGAGGGUCUGGGGCAACCAUUAUGGACAGGACUGCGGUGGGUCCAUUCUGAACAACAGGGCCAUCUUGACUGCUGCUCACUGCACUGAAGUCACUAUUCCAGCAGGUCGUCGUGUGCGUGUGGGAUCUUCAUACAGAAGCUCGAAUGGAACUGUCUACACUAUUGAAAGGAUUAUUAUCCAUCCCGGCUACGCUUUCAACUGGCCAGCCCAACCAGACAAUGACGUGUCGAUCCUUUGGCUUACCGGCAUCAUUCCCGUCACAUCUACUUCAAGACCUGCCUUGAUUGCUGGUCCCAACUACAACCUAGCUGAUAACCAAGCGGUCUGGGCUACUGGCUGGGGAUGGACUCAGUACGGCAACUUCACGUCUCAAUCAGAGCAGCUGCGUCACGUGCAAGUGUACACUGUGAACCAGGAGAUUUGCAGACAGCGGUUCGCAAACCUCGUGAUCAACGGCGUGCCUAUGCCAUACACGAUCACUGACAACAUGCUGUGCUCCGGUAUACUGGACGUGGGAGGUCGCGACCAGUGCUAUGGGGACUCUGGCGGGCCAGUCUUCCACCAUGGCGUGCAAGUCGGCAUCUGCUCGUUCGGGCACGAAUGCGCGCUAGGCGAAUUCCCUGGCGUCAAUGUGCGCGUGUCUCAGUUCACUAACUGGAUAAGCGAGAACCGACAGCAAAUUACAAACCUCGUGAUCAACGGCGUGCCUAUGCCAUACACGAUCACUGACAACAUGCUGUGCUCCGGUAUACUGGACGUGGGAGGUCGCGACCAGUGCUACGGGGACUCUGGCGGGCCAGUCUUCCACCAUGGCGUACAAGUCGGCAUCUGCUCGUUCGGGCACGAAUGCGCGCUAGGCGAAUUCCCUGGCGUCAAUGUGCGCGUGUCUCAGUUCACCGACUGGAUAACCGAUGACGCCGCUGGUCGCAUCAUCGGUGGUUCCGUGACCACCAUUGAGCAGUAUCCUGAGAUGGCUGCUCUGCUGAGUUGGUCCGGCACCAACUUUAGACAAGACUGUGGAGGCACCAUUCUCAACAACAGGGCUAUUUUGAGUGCUGCUCACUGCACUGUAAUCACUGCAGCAUCUAACCGCCGCGUACGCGUCGGAUCAUCAUUCAGAAGCUGGGACGGGACUGAAUAUUCUGUCGCUAGAAUCAUUAACCACCCUGACUACAAUAGGCCAACCCCGAUGGACAAUGACAUCUCUAUCCUAUGGGUCAAUGGACACAUACCCACCACCACGAGAACCCGCCCUGCCGCAAUCGCUGGUUCCAACUACAACGUUGCUGAUAACCAAGUAGUCUGGGCUACUGGAUGGGGACGGACUAUUGCUGGCGACUCAAACUCAAUGUCAGAACAGCUUCGUCACGUUCAAGUCUGGACAGUGAACCAGGCGAUCUGCAGACAGCGGUAUUUGAACCGAGUCAUCAACGGCGUCCACCGCCCGGCUUUCAUAACUGACAACAUGCUGUGCUCCGGCUGGCUGGACAUUGGAGGUCGCGACCAGUGCCAGGGUGACUCCGGUGGCCCUCUCUACCACAACGGAGUAGUCGUUGGCGUCUGCUCCUGGGGUGAGGGCUGUGCUCACCCACAGUUCCCCGGUGUCAAUACAGUUAGUUAUUUAAUUAAUAAAAUGCGGUUCCUUAUCGUUGUGGUGUUAUGUUUGGCGGUGGCUUCAGCUGCAAAAGACAAUGGCAGGAUCAUCGGUGGUUCACUGACGACCAUCUAUGACUAUCCUGAUAUGGUGGCAUUGUUGCGUGGUUCUGUCUUCUAUCACCAGGACUGCGGUGGGGUCAUUCUCAACAACAGAGCCGUACUCAGUGCAGCCCAUUGCGUCGGAGCAUGGGGCAUACACGCUCGCCGUAUUCGUGUCGGAUCAUCGUACGCGAACAAUGGUGGCACAGUCAUAACCACAGAGAGACUCAUUGUCCACCCCGAAUAUAAUGUACCGACGGGACACAACAACGACAUUGGAAUCUUGUGGACGACGGAAGAAAUCCCAGUCACGGCAGCUUCCCGACCAGCCUGGAUCGCUGGUCCGAAUUACCACGUGGCUGAUGAUCAAGAAGUUUGGGCUGCAGGCUGGGGCCGCACGAUCGCCAACGAUGGGGGCUCAGUCUCAGAACAGCUACAGCAUGUGAAGAUCUGGACAGUGAAUCAAGAGACUUGCAGGCUUCGCUACUUGCAGCGGUCGCCGAUCCCGAAUUUCAUCACGGAGAACAUGCUUUGUGCCGGCUGGAUAGAUGUGGGAGGUCGCGACCAGUGCCAGGGCGACUCCGGUGGUCCUCUCUACCACAACGGAGUGGUCGUCGGAAUCACCUCGUGGGGCGAGGGCUGCGCUGAUCCCUUCUUCCCUGGUGUCAACGUUCGAGUCUCUCAAUACACGAGCUGGAUCGAUAGCAACCGAUAAUAUUUUAUUCGA